UUCACUGCUCUUUAUAUCAGUUUUGAUGAUGUUUGUUCAUGUUUAAUGUGGUUGUUUAUCCGGUUUCUCUGCGGGAGCUCCGUGUUUACUGCGCGCGGCCCGCCGCUAGGCCUGAGAACUGUUAGCCUGGCUGCUAACCAGCACUUUAAACUGGCGGGAAAUUACAACAGCGGCCUGAAUCUCUCAGACUCAGAAUCACCCACUGUAAACCGCACUGUUAUUAAAACCUGUUCUUUAAUCCGCGCUGCUGUAAAUCAGCUCUAAUAUUAUAAACUGAUCCAGCGCGCUCGAGGAUCACUCUGAGAUUUACUCACUUCCUGAAAACUGAAAGCAACAGCUCGACUAAUGCUAAUCAUACAGUAGAUUAUUUCAAAACAAGACUCUGAACAGACUUUUAACAGACUAAAGUCUGAAACCCUUUCACAUCUUCAGACAAGCCACAAACUUUUCACCUACAGACUUUUUACUCACUCUGAUCAGUCUAGGAGUCUGAUGAUCAGUCUAAGAGUCUGAAAAUAGGCUCCUCUCACUAUGAUCAGUCUGAGAGUCUGUUGAUCAGACUGAUUAACUUUAGUAGCUGUAUUUCAUACAAAACAAAUGAGGUGCAUUAUACUCAUUUGUAUAUUCUGGUGGUUGUGAAUACUGUAAAUGCUCCAAGUGCUUUGUUAAAUACGUAAACUGAAAUGAAAAAUGCCUUUUAGCCGAGUUUAGAGGAGAUGUUUAGUGGCACUAAAAUGCCCAGAGGAAAAGUGCAUUCUGCCCUUACAUGAAAAUGGAAACAGGAAGAAUGGCAGAUUCUGCUCUUGGGAAGAGACUUUCUGCACGCUAUUCCUCCAAAAAAGUUCUUGGGAAAAGGAAAUUUAGUUCAUCUACCUUUAGAUACGGCAGUGAAGGGUACAGACUUGGCACAGGCCCAUCCAACAACAGCCCAAUCGUGGUCAGUGACCCUGAUCUUGACACACCACCAGCCAAGAAAAAGGCCACAGGAGCCCCUUCAUCAGAAGCCCAUGGAAAGCAUUCUAUGUCAAAAACGUCCUCAACCGACACUACUCAUCUAGCAAACAGUUCACAGUCUAAAGAGCGGACAGCUUCAGUCGGUGAACCAUCAUGGAGAGGAGGGGAGGUUGGAGAGUCAUCCUCUAGUGCAGUAGAGAGGCCUCCACAAAAGUCAGCAUCACCAGCUGGAACGUGCACCCAGGAGCCCUCCUCAAACGCUAAAGGCUCCCCCAGCAGUCGCAGGGAACAGUUAGGUCAGAAUAACAGCUCUUCAGAUUCUGCUAAGACCUCAAAUGCUUCCACUGGGGGCUCUGUGCUCUGCCACUACUGCUCCAGUCGAGAGCAAAGGGCAGCUGUGAAGACCUGCCUGGUGUGUGGUGCGUCCAUGUGCCCGGAGCAUCUGCGGGUCCAUUUGGAAUCACCGGUUUUCCAGAGCCAUCCGCUCGUGCCUGCUGUGGAGGACGUGUCACCUUGGAGGUGCCAAGAGCACCAGGAGAUGAAUCGUAUCUACUGUCGUCCCUGUGGGGUCUGUGUGUGCACCGUUUGCACUGUGAUUGGCUCACACAAGGACCAUGCCUGCAUCAGCAUCCGAGAGGCUGAGAAGGUGCUCAGGGCCACACUAAGCAAUGAAAUGAAAAAAAUACAGAUUAAAGAAACAGCUGUCUCAGAAAGACUAACUGAGCUCACCGAGAGAAAAAACUGUGUUCAGGAGGUGGUAGAGGGCACACGGGCUGCUGUGGUGCAGCAGUACCAGGCCAUGCGGGAGGCUCUGGAGCUGGAGGAGCAACAGGCUUUACUCUGUGUGGCCCAAGAGGAGAGCAGAGUACUCGGAAGCAUUGAUGAACAACUGAGCACCCUGAACGAUGGGCUCAGAACCAUCCAGACCACUUUCAACUCCCUGCAGAGGCUCGCAGAUGCAGAGGGGGCUUCACGGGCUCAGGACCAGGCCUUUAUCAUGGAAUACAGAAAAAUGGCUGAAGGUUUGAAUAGCCUGUCAGACCCUGUGCAGAACCUGGAUCCAGUGGAGGAGCUGAAUCAAGGCAGACUGGAUUGCCUGCAGGACUGGACCGAGAGAAGACUCGAUAUUGUAGUAAUAUCAGUACCUCACAGAGACCCGUUCAGACUGCUCUAUGGUUUUUGUCCAAAUCUGAACCCUGACACUGCUCAUCCGAAACUGCUGUUAUCUGCUGAGAACAGACACGUGGAGUACAGCGAGUCUCAGCAGCCCUACCCAGAUCACGAGGCUCGCUUCUCCAUCUUCCCCCAGGUGUUGGGCUCUAAGGCCCUGAGCCAGGGCCGCCACUACUGGGAGGUGGAGGUCUCUCUGGACGAGGGCCGCUGGAAGGUGGGCGUCUGCGACGGGCAGAUAGUUAGAAAGGGCCAGAAGGACAGCUGCCGUAUCGGCUUCUACACAAAGUCUUGGUGUCUGGUGUGUGAAAAGGGCAGGGUGGAGGCCCUCCACGAUAAGGUGACCUCGCCCGUGUGUGCUACUGGACUGCAGAAGGUGGGGGUGCUUGUGGAUUUUGAGGAGGGCUGCCUGUCGUUCUACAGUGUGUCUGAUGGGGGCGCUCUUACCCUGCUCUACAGUUUCCAGCAGGAAUUCUCUGAGCCGCUUUACCCUGCUCUGGCCGUCUCCAAGACUCGGCUGUCUGUGUGUGACCUGUUUGCCAGGCCUGGAACAGACUAGUGAGCUGGUCCUCGUGAAGAGCGAUGCCAUUAUGUGGCUUAUUUGGCUUUUAUGGGGCAUCAAAUGAAAUGUGGGUCAAUUCUGACAGCAAGAAUUUUCUGAUACUGUUAUUAUAUACAUUUCUAAAAUGUAGAUACUGCUUCUUGCUCCACCUGGAGAAGCUUUACAAAAG